GUUUAAAUCAGGCAUUUAAUAUAAAAGCCAAUAUGUGGGUAAAUUUUAGUUAGUGUUUCUUUGGCGUGGUUUCGUGUGAACGGAGAGUGUGGCAUUUGUUGUGAUCCACCUACGAGUUCACUUAUUCGUAUGGUAUUGUAAAAUCAUUGUUUUAUUAUACUAGUGAUUCGGGAGUACUCAUGUGUAAUAAUCCCCUAAAUGACACACCUAAUUUUAUCUCAAGAUUCUAUUUUUUCAUGUUAAGCCAUAAAAACACGAGUCAGAUAAUCUGUCUGGAAUUAUUCCCAAGAUCUACAAUAAAAUGUCUGUAUAAAAACGUUGACUGUACAAAGGUGAAGAUUGUAAGUGAAGGCGAAAUACAUAGACACUAUCCGACUGACACGGAUAUAAGUCACUAUUAUUUUGGCUUUAUCAGUCCUUAUUAGUUUUGAUAAUUUCUGGUCUGAAAACCCUUUGUAGGUACAUAUGACCACAUCUCAGGGAUAUAAACAGUGGACUGAUAAGUCAGUGACUCCGUGCUAUGGGAAGCAGUCAUCGUACUUGUAUAUUUAAUCAAUAGAGCUACUAGAUAACAUCAAUAGUUUGGAUGGUAGUACCUUUUGAAAGGUAGUAUUAAAAGCCUUCUAGUGGUGUAAAACUAGUCAAACUUUAACUUUGUAUGGGAGCAUUCAGAUGUUCUUUGUUGAUUGAUAAUUUAAAACUGCUCCUGUAUACAUUUGUAAUUCAGAAUUGUGAGUGCUUGUAUGCUUGAUGCUCCUGAAAUCAUACAUGCGAUGUUGAAAGGAAAAAACAGUAUAGCUCUUAGUUAAAGAUAAGUUUUACAACGAAACCAUACUAGCUGUCGCUUUGGAAUUAUAGAUUCUAUACCAGAACACUCGUGAAUGAUACUAAAGAAAAAGCACCCCACUUAGUUGGAAUUAAAUCGACAAAUAUGACGAGCAUUUUUGUGGCUAUUAUUUACGGAGCUCAAAGUUGUCGAUCUAGUCAUUGUGAUGUUGGAAUGAUUAUUUAUUUCAUUGCACAUUAUUUCUGUGUUAUUUUUCAUUCCUGGUCGCAUAUUCAAAACCACUUAUUGCAUGUUUGUAGAUUUUAAGGAAUCAGUGAAUCGCCUAUCUGAUUAUUUGUUCGUUUGUCUUUCUGGUACUCGCAAUAUAUCGCUGCUAACCUGAAGCACGUUUUCCUCGCUGCCAAAUAACCUGUCGGGAGAAUAAAUACGAGUCCGUUAACAAUUCGAAGUUGCACCAUGUUUUCUGUAUUGGUGUCUUGUGGUACAUAUGAUGGUAGUGUCUUUGCGUUAGAAUAUCCCCAUUAUACUAUUGAUAUUGCUGGUCCGAAACUGUUAAAACCACUAUUCAUCGACCCAACAGCACAUCCUUCGCCAGUCACAACAGUAGCUACGAAGGAUGAUGUGGUUAUUUCUGGAAGUAGCGAUGAAAUUAUUCAGGUAUUUUCGGUACUCACAAAAACUCGUGUAGGUGCACUCGAAAUGCAUGUUGGGACCAUAAGACAGCUUCAAUUUAUUACAGAAUCGCAUGACUCGACCCACUCUCAUUUCUUCAGUGCUGGUGAUGAUGGAUGUAUCGGCAUCUGGCGUUGCGAAACUCCAGGAGGUAAACUUACCAAAUGCCCACAUCCAUCGACUUGGGAGUGUAUUCGUCAACUUCGUCGCCAUAAAGGGUCAGUCCAAAGUAUAGCAGUGCACCCUUCCAAUCGCUUUCUUUUCUCCAUCAGUGCAGACAAAACGUUUCGUGUAUGGAAUCUUCUUCGUGGUCGACAGGCUUAUGCUGUUAGACUAAAAAAUCUGGCAAACGAGGCGAAUAAAAUCUCAAUGUCACCUACUGGUAAUCGUCUUCUCUUUAUUUGGCCGAAUAAAUUUGAAAUGAUUGAUCUUGUAAGUGAAUCACAGACAAGUUCCGAUACUAUCGAAAAUGAAGCCUUUAUCCUUGGCAGCGUCCAGUUUUCUAAUCCCCCUACAUCAGACCCUACUUUCUUCAGUGAAGAUGAUGAACUCAGUAAUCAAAAGUCUUCAGACCCCCUGUUUGCAUAUGUAAUGGUUGGCAUCGACGCAUCACUUACUUUGAUUAAAUUCAACGUUCAAAAUAACGCGUCUGAACCAUGGACACCUAAAAUUACAAGCAAAGUAGUUUUGCCGGGUAAACGAAUCAAAUUCAUUCAAGUUCUACAUUGGCCAUCUCAUCUGGCAGAGAAAGAACCAAUGUGCUGUGGACGUAGUCGGUUGGUAGUAGUUGUUACAACAGAAGCCGAUGGUAGCCAUGUACGAGGUUAUGCUGUAAACCUAAAUUCGACAGACAUCCUUGAGCCAGGAAGUUCAUUCAUCCCUUUGUUCACAUAUGACAUCCCAAGUGCUCGAAUUACCGCUUUAGCUGCCACAUGGACUUCACCUAGUUAUUUGCAUCAUCCGGAAGUAUGAAGACAAAAUUACUCCUUAAUGAGAUUUAUUUUGAAUUACAUCUACCUGUACAUUUGUUAUGUAAAUAAAAUCUCGUAAUUUUCCAAUUUCAUCAGU